GGGUGGUGCCGCACCGGCACCUGCCGCCAGCCGCCCCGCGCGGAGCUGCAGCCGCCGCGGCUGGCCAUGGCCGCGCUCCUCUGCCUUGUGCUGUUCAUGUACUUUACAAGUGUAUCUACUGCCCAGACUACUGACUGUCUUCGCCUGAGAGAGCAAUGUAUAAAUGCUGCAAAUGGAUGUGAGAGUGUCUGGAAUGUUGUUGAAGAUGCCUGCAAUAUUUCAGAAUAUUUGGAAACCUCCUCAAGAUCAGAUACUGAACUGAAUUUUAGGCAACACAGAAACCCCAAAGACCAAGGACACCCGGAAGAAUUAGAGAACGACUGUAGCACUGCAAAACUACUCUGUCAAGAGGACUCUUACUGCUUUUUAGUGUAUAAGAGCUUCCAGAGAGCAUGCCAGGCAGACACAGCAAAAUGCAUGCUCCCGAUGGUCAACCAGGCAUGUUUGUCAGUGUGGAAAGAGCUGAGGAAAACAGUGCUGGGAGAGUGCAAGUGCUCAGAGCCACUUCAGAUGAGAUGUGUUAAAAUAUGGAAGGAAAUAUUUAACAACCGUUGUUUACAAUACUCUCAAGAGAGCCAAGCUUUAGCAGCUAGUGAAAAUGAUGAUGAUGAUCACGAUGAUGAUGGUGAUGACAACUAUGAUGAUGAUGAUGUUGACAAUGGGAAAAAUCAGGACACUGACACAGACAAUAUUAGUACAGAAACAAAAUUACAAUGGAGUUUAUCUGCACUCUCUAAAAAAGCAUACACAGCAAACAGCACCUGCUUGGAUGUGAACAGAGAGUGCAUUGAAGAUGAAGUGUGUAACAAACAGCUGUCCCUGUAUCUUAAGGCUUGCUCAGUAAAUAAGGAGUGCAACAUGGAAGAAUGUCAAGCAGCCCUAAGGUUCUUCUAUGAAAACAUGCCUUUUGAAGUUGCCCAAAUGAUGAUAUUUUGUGAUUGUACUCAGCCUGAUGAGUCCUGCCACAGAGCUAAAGAACUUCUCCAUGGCAAGCCCUGUGCAGUUACUGCAGUUCCACCCCCAUCAUGUCUGAAUAUAAUCCACAUGUGUGAAGAGAAUGAAUUGUGCAGGAAAAAAUACACAGCUUUUCAGUCAAAAUGUUGGAGACAUGUGACAAAAAAAUGCUACAAUGAUGAAGCUUGCCUUGAAACUUUAAUCAAGGAUGACAUGCCCUGUUCUGCAAAUGCUGAUUGCAAAGCAGCCUACCUUAGCAACUGGGGCACAAUGCUGCAUGUGGAGUGUACCUGCCAGAGUUUACCUGCUGCAGAGCACUCUUUGUGUGAGCUCUUCCAUCACAUGCUUCACAGCAAAUCCUGCUUCAAUGAGUUACGUCAAAUUUCUAUUAAGACGAAAGGUUUUCAUUGGAUAAAUACAGAAAUGCCAGGAGAAAAGCUUUCCAGAGCACAGCUCCAUUCUUCUUCAAUUAAUGGUGAAACAGUCUACAUUAUUGCCUACUCCUCCUGCAUAGUUCUCAUCUUAGGAAUAGUCCUGUUGACUCUCUUAAAGACCAGAGCCUGCAGAACAAAACAUGAGUCAAGAAGUCCCUCGCCAGACCAUUCUUCUGAAACAUUUAUGGUCCAUUAUAAAAGUCAUAGAUGAACUACUCUGUUGCUUAUGCUUUUUAAGGCUAUUCUUGAAAGCCAGCCUGUUGUACAUAUGCGAUAAUAAAAUAUAUAUUAGAAAAACUACUAAAAAUUAUGGAAUUUUGUAGUUGAGCAUACAAAAGAUGUUUGUAUUUAUUAACUUUCAUUAAAGCUAAGCAAAAGUAGAACUGUACUCUCUCUUAUUUGCGUAGGUUCACAGAUCUGUCCUGAGCUGCACAUUUCCUACAUCUCUAGAUGCACACAACAAUGGUAUAAAUGCUUUAUCAGCAUGAAUCUGCCUAGCAGUGCCAAUCUUUGAAUCCAGCCCUUCUGAUCUUAACUAUUCUGGUGGAAAGGGAAACAAAAAAAUCCACUCAGAAACAUUGAAGAGAGCUGUUAAAAAGUACAUUUGUGGUAGUUUUGUACACUAGGUUCCUAUGUACCAAGUACCUGAUGCAAUAUUUGUAAGGCAGCAGUCACAUGUGGGCUGACUGUAGUUUGAUGGUGGAACACUUCUGGGAUAGGAGGAGAUCAAGAUUCCAAUCCCUUUCAGUACAAAUAAGAAUAAAACUAUCAGGGCUAAUACUUUGACCUCAGUAUAUUGUUGCUGAAACUUUUUGCUUUCUCCUCCAAUAUGCUUUGAAAAGAAAUAAAAGGAUCCUUGACAACUUCAAUAUAGUAAUUUUAGAAAUAAUUCUGUGGUCUUAAUGCCCAGUGGAGAAAGCCACUUGCCUGGGGCUGAAGUGAAGUGCCUGCUUCUCUAGAGGAGAUAUGACCCAUCUCAUCAUCUAUGUUUUCUAUUCACUGUCUCUAGGCAAGACCUGAAGUGCCUAAUUCUCCCCGUGCACUGUACUGGGAGUCAUGGUCCCUAACACACCACUCUGGAUCCCACUUUCUGGCUUUGAGUUCUGGAUUUCUCCCUGUAGCUAUUUUGCUAGAUUUAAGCAUCUAGCUUAAAUUUCUAGCAAUUAGUUGUCAUAGUUAUAUCCUUGUAAUGAUCUGAUUCUGGUCAGCACAGGAUAAUGGACUGGCAUUUCUUACUGCCAUUUGUUACCAUGAAUGGCAUAUGCACUGUCUUGUUAUGAUAGCAUCUGAUUAAUUAUAUUUUGAAUUUGAUUAAUUUGAAUUAUGUCUGAAUUCCCAGCUAAUGUAACUAAAUGUAACACAACACAGUAUCAGGAAUUAAAUACUGGUUUCACUGAAUUCAGCUCCGGUUUAGACUGUGACUGAUUCAGAGCUAGGGCUAGAAAUUCACUGUGUGAUCAGUACAGCAGGAAUGUCUCUGCUCUUCAAUGUGAGUUUUGCUGCUGGCUUUGGUAGCUUGUGAAAUGACUCAGUGUGAGAGCAAAAUAACAGGUCUGCAGUUCUGCUGGGGAGAGUUUUAGAAAUUUUUUACAGUUAUUACAUCAGGCAUUUACUCUUUUUAGGAUCAGCAUAAGCCCAAAAAUUCUGUCCAGAUUUGCAGUCAAAUGAUAUCUCAUUACUAAAUCAGCCUUUGGACAAAAAUACAACAGAAAAGUACAAAUUCGGUUAGUUUGCAAACCAAAACAAUCUCCUUUAUCAGUCCAGCAAUUUGCAACUUUUAGUUUACCUCCUACCAUGUAGGUAUUUUGAAAGUAGUGUAUUGAUAUUCUUGAUCGUAAAACUGUGAAGAUUAAAAAAUUCAAACCAAACAAAAUGUUGAGAAUACAGUGUUGGAUAAUUCCUUUAUAUAGGAAAUGCACAUAUGAAGCAAACCUUGUGUUGGUUUUUCAGUCUGACUUUAAAACAAAAACAAAAGAUUCAAUGCUGAACCCUCUUUGUCAAAGAAUUUGAAGAGAUCCAUUCAUAUUCAGAUUUAACUGAACCUAAAUCAAAAACACCUCUUCUAGCUUUCUGUCAUAUAAACUUUUUUUUACAAUUAUAGUUAGAUACUAGAAAGUUUACUCAUAUAUGUGCUUAGACAGACACACACAAGUGAGUUUCUUUGAAAGACAGCAAGAUCUUUAUGGCCAUUAUGUUGCUUCUGUAAUUUUACAGGCUCUCUUCAUUAGAAGAGAGCCUUUCAUUAGAGCUCACUUCAUUGCUUAAUGGAAAAGUACAUUUCCUCUAUUAUACCUGUAAAAUGUAUUGGUUUGAUUUAUAUUUCCUAGUGACACUGUAGUCUGUCAGCUGUAUCUGGGUGUUAAUUAUAAAAUAAAGGAAUUUCUGCUGGAAUGGCCUGUGUUCAAGUGAUCAUGAUUAGACUCUGUCAACAGUUUUGUGCUGGAAGAAGUAGUAUCUUUGUAAGAGCAUCAUCAUUAAAAUCUCUUCUCCUGAUGUGAGAUA